GUGUCUCUCUACUCCUCCCGGGGGCCGUAGAGCUCGGUCAAGACCGGGUAGAAGGAAUCGCGGGGGGAGCUGGUAUUUCCCCAGAGCCUCCUUCCAAGCCAGGAAGAUGCUACAGUGCCUGACUUCUGAAGGUGAGGAAGGAGCAGACUCCGAGGAGAGGGAGGACAGUAACAUAGAAGAUCUAAAAGAAAUCAUCACCCUGGCUUUUGUGAGAGAGAACACACAAAAGAGGCUCCAGGAUGCCCAUCAGCAAAGCAAGAAAAAGAGGAAGAAAAAGAGAUUGGUGAUUAAUCUAUCCAGCUGCCGGUAUGAGAGUGUGCGUAGGGUGGCCCAACAGUAUGGCCUUCGAGAGGGAGGUGAUAAUGACGACUGGACUCUCUACUGGACGGACUACUCGGUAUCACUGGAGCGGGUGAUGGACGUGAAGAGCUACCAGAAAAUCAAUCACUUUCCUGGGAUGAGUGAAAUCUGCAGAAAGGACUUGCUGGCGAGGAAUAUGAGCCGCAUGUUGAAGAUGUUCCCUAAAGAUUUCCACUUUUUCCCUAAGACCUGGUGUCUUCCUGCUGACUGGGGAGAUUUGCAGACGUACGGCAGAUCAAGAAAAAAUAAGACAUACAUUUGUAAGCCAGACUCAGGUUGCCAAGGGAGAGGUAUAUUCAUUACCCGGACUGUGAAAGAAAUCAAACCAGGGGAGGAUAUGAUCUGUCAGCUCUAUAUUUCAAAGCCCUUUAUCAUUGAUGGAUUCAAGUUUGACCUACGGAUUUAUGUACUGGUGACAUCCUGUGACCCUCUCAGGAUUUUUGUGUACAAUGAAGGACUGGUCCGCUUUGCUACCACUUGUUACUCCUACCCCUGCACAGACAACCUGGAUGAUAUUUGCAUGCACCUGACUAAUUAUUCCAUUAAUAAGCACAGUUCCAACUUCAUUCAAGAUGCUUACUCUGGCAGCAAGAGGAAACUCUCUACCUUCAACACGUACAUGGAGAACCAGGGCUUCAACGUGGGACAGAUAUGGAGGGCUAUCGAGGAUGUCAUCAUCAAGACAAUCAUCUCGGCUUACCCAAUCAUCAAGCAUAACUACCAAACCUGCUUCCCCAGCCACACACUUAACAGCGCCUGCUUUGAAAUCCUGGGCUUCGACAUCUUGUUGGACCACAAACUCAAACCCUGGCUGCUGGAGGUCAACCACUCUCCGAGCUUCUCCACUGACUCCCGGUUGGAUAAAGAGGUGAAAGACAGUCUGCUGUACGACACCUUGGUACUGAUCAACCUGGAAAGUUGUGACAAAAAGAAAGUUUUGGAGGAGGAGAGACAGAGGGGGCGGUUCCUGCAGCAGUGUCCUUCCCGGGAGGUCAGGAUUGAGGAAGCCAAGUGUUUCCAGGCAGUGCGGUUACAGAAAACAGAGAAAUAUGAGAGGGAAAAUUGUGGUGGGUUCCGACUUAUUUAUCCCAGUCUGAAUUUGGAGAAGUAUGACAAGUUUUUCCAGCACAAUAGCUCCAUCUUCCAGGAUACCGCUGCUUCCAGGGCUCGCGAGGUGUAUGCCCGGCAACUCAUCCAGGAGCUGAGACUGAAGCAGGAGAAACAAUCCUUCCAAAUGAAAGAAAAGAAGGUGGAGAUACAGGGAGAGUCAGAGUCAACCAGUGAUCAAGCAAAGGGCAAGAGCACCAAGAACCAGUGGAAAAAACAACGACAGAAAUGCAAGACCACCACCCACACCCCCAAACAAUACUUCCGGCCAUUGGCACUAGUGUCCUGCACACCUGACUUGCUUUUAAGUGUCAGAGAUGUAAAGAAGAAUGAAACAGACAGUAACCUUGACCAGGAGGCCCCAAAGAAGAAGAUUGAUUCUGCUCCCUGCAAUCCUACCUCUGCAAGACACUGCAGCUCUGUACCUGACCUGAGGAGGUUAAGACUCAGUUCCUCUGGGCUAGAUUGCUGUAAAACCAAUUCCAGAGUCAAGAUGGCCAAGUCAGACAAUGAUGUGAACAUAUUUACUAGUACCAUGCCCUUAACCUCAGUAGAAACUUCCCCUGAAUCUACUACUCGGGGCUCAACCUCUCCGGAGUCUCUACCAAGCCUGACACUGACCACCAGUUCUGAAUGCAGUAGCCCAGAAAUUGUCAGGAUUGUAUCCUUUAAAUAUAAACAGCAGCAGAUCCCUCCAAAGUUCAUCCAGGAAAACAUAUCAAAACCUUCUGUGCCUGCAAAAUCCUGGAGCUUCUCACGGAGUUUGAACCCAAGCUGGGCUUUGCUAAAGAAAGACAUGAAGGAGCAGCAUCUGAUGUCAGAGUUAUUGACCAAGGUUCGGUUGAGAGGGAAGCUCUCCUUGUUCCCAGCUUACUGCAACCGGAAGCAGGUGCUGAGUGACCUGUCAGAAAACUCCUUCCUGCCAAGGAAGUGCUUCUCCCAUAGCCACAGCCUUGGUGAGAAAGGACAGCUGGAUGUGCCCUCCCUUCUCCUCCUGCAGAGUCCUCACAGCCAUAACUAUUCUCUGAAGGACCUUCUGGUGGUUGCCACUCCUGCCCGACUGGAUCCAAGACCUGGCAGAAGCCAUACAGGUGCUAUGAGGGACCCACAUAUACAGGAGCAGGAAGCAUACAGCCACUGCCUGAUCUCUGGCCAAAAAAGGAUGUGAAAGGAACUAGAAUCAGACUGGAUUUCUACCAUUUUUUCUUUUCCUACCUCUUACUACCAGGAAAUUAUUUGUCUCUUCCCACAAUGUAUAUAAUGUCUACAGAACCAACCAAAAGUUCCAUUUCCUCCUAUAGAAAUCCUGGUGUGAUAAAUACUUCCCAUUAGCACCACCAAGGCCAAUAGCCUUGCUUUUGUAUCCUCCCGGUGAGCUUCCAGUAUUGUAGGACCAUGACUUCCCUGGUGAUUGGUGCUGCCCCAGUUGGCAUACCAGUUGCCUCGGCAGUGGCUCUCCUCUGGGUUCUCACCUUCACCCAGAACACUCCCCCAAGUAGAGCAACUUGGGGGAGGUGUGUUUCAGAGGACUCAUGAUCUCCAGGAGUCCAAAGCCCUCGGUCCAUCAACAGACCUAUGCCAGUUGGUCUUCAUCUCUAAAGAUGAGUCAGGAGCAGGGAUGAGCAUGACGGAUAACUCCUGAGUGGGGGAACUGGAGCAGUUGCUGCCUGUGAAAGAUCAGACCUCCUCCCGCUCCAGCCGGUCCAAAUACCCACCACCUUAGUGCUCCAACAUCAUCUUGCUACUUCCUGUUUCAACCCAGCUCAUUCUUUCUGGCAAAGACAGAGGUGAGGUGAAAGUGCCCUACCCGUAGAUGUUUCUUCCACUGACUUGCAGAAAUUAUAUGCC